GGAGGGAGGCCGGCCAUUGAUUUUACGGUUGGAAAGCAAAGAGCAAGAGGGUUUUGAAUGAAUGAAAAACUAAUCGAAUCCUAGUUAUCCAGAAAGACAGAGGGUAACCGUUUCCAUACUAGGACACAGAAACCACAAUAAAAACUGGCUGAAGGGACCUUGUAGCGGAUUUUCGCCCUUUGGAUAGGGGAGCGAGCGUUUGUCCCAUACCCGGCGGCAUUGUUUUGCCGUUAAACGGAACCACAGAACAAAAGCGCAAUAUAUUUUGACUUCGCAUAACUGCGAAAUGGAAUUGAUAUAAUUUACCUGAUAUAACAUACACUUGGAUUUUCUCUAUGAAUUUUAUUAUGUGAUUAUUAAUGUAACAACAGCUUUGCGUAUCAUGUGGAGCGUUUAACUGUCUUGCGCACCCCUCUCGGUGAUGAAUGUCCGUAUUCACACACGCAGCGGGGCUCCCAGCGAAGAACAGAUGCAGAAACCGAGAAUGGGAUGCGUCUCAUGUCUUUUGUAUAGCCUGGAUGAUUUUCAGUUGAGAAAAGGAUAUCGUAUUUGAAGAGCGAUUAAGUUACAUACCCUUCGUCCCUGGAAGGUGCAGUUGGGAAGGAAACUGAAUGUGGAUAUGUGUACAUCCCAGCCGCCUGAUUUGAAUCACUGUUUGGGAUUUUCUUUGUGUCGAGAUUUUUUGGCUACAAUUCCCUUUUUACCAAUUUGGGUAGCACAUUUGAAAAUAAAGGUCUGUCCUCCCCCUCUCCUCCGGCCUCCAAGAUAGAUUCCCUCAGGAGUAAGGUUGAGCUCCUCCGCCUGCCUCUGGCCCUCUCCUCCAAGUCCAUCAGCCACCGCAAGAGUCAGCUGGGCGGAGCCGGGGAGCGCGGCACGGGGGGAGGAGGGACCCACAGGGGCAAACCCCGCCCACCGGCCUCUGACAUGGACAACGAGUCGCAGUAUUCAGGCUACUCCUAUAAGUCCUCGCACUCCCGCAGCUCCAGGAAGCACAGGGAUAGGCGGGACAGACACCGCUCCAAAAGCAGAGAUGGCAGUAGUCGUGGAGACAAGUCAGUCACCAUCCAGGCCCCCGGAGAGCCUCUACUGGACACAGAGUCCACCCGUGGAGAUGACAGGGACGAUAACUGGGGUGAGACCACCACCGUGCAGACUGGCACGUCAGAACACAGCGUCUCUAACGAGGACUUGACCCGCGUCUCCAAGGAGCUCGAGGAGUCCUCCCCGUUGGAAUGCCGUCGUUUCCUGGGCCCUGCGUUGGGCGCCGUCCUGGGCCUCUUCGCCCUGGUCACUCCCCUGGCCUUCCUGGCUCUGCCGCAGCUGCUGUGGCGUGAGUCCCUGGAGCCCUGCGGCACGCCCUGCGAGGGCCUCUAUGUCUCACUGGCCUUCAAACUCCUGGUCCUCCUCAUCUCCACCUGGGCUCUGUUCCUGCGCCCGCCGGGCGCCACCCUGCCCCGCCUCUACGUCUUCCGCUGCCUGCUGCUGGCGCUCGUCUUCCUCUUCGUAGCGUCCUACUGGCUGUUCUACGGCGUGCGCGUGCUGGAGCCCCGGGAGAGGGACUACAGGGGUAUCGUGGGGUACGCGGCGUCGCUGGUGGACGCCCUGCUCUUCAUCCAGUACCUGGCCCUGGUGCUGCUGGAGGUCAGACACCUGCAGCCUGCCUUCUGCCUCAAGGUGGUGCGCACCACAGACGGGGCUAGUCGCUUCUACAACGUGGGACACCUCAGUAUCCAGAGAGCAGCAGUGUGGGUGCUGGACCAGUACUACAGUGAUUUCCCAGUCUACAACCCUGCUCUCCUCAACCUGCCCAAGUCCAUCCUCUCUAAGAAGACUUCUGGCUUCAAAGUCUACACUCUGGGAGAAGAGAACAGCACCAAUAACUCGACAGGUCAGUCCAGAGCGAUGAUCGCUGCGGCGGCCCGCAGGAGAGACAACUCCCACAACGAGUAUUACUACGAGGAGGCAGAGAUGGAGCGCAGAGUCCGCAAGCGCAAGGCCAGGCUGGUGGUGGCGGUAGAGGAGGCUUUCACGCACAUCAAGCGUCUCCAGGACGACGAGCCGGCCGCCUCUUCCCCCAAACACCCCCGUGAGGUGAUGGACCCCCGGGAGGCGGCUCAGGCCAUCUUCGCCCCCAUGGCCCGGGCCAUGCAGAAGUACCUGAGGACCACGCGCCAGCAGCCUUAUCACAGCAUGGAGAGCAUUAUCAACCACCUGCAGUUCUGUAUCACGCACAACAUGACCCCCAUGGCCUUUCUAGAGCGCUACCUCUCCCCAGGCCCUACCAUGCAGUACCAACGGGAAUGGUAGGGGCGCCAGUGGACCCUGGUGAGCGAGGAGCCGGUGACGUCCGCCCUGCGCCCGGGUCUGGUUUUCUCCCUGCGCCGACUCGACUUCUCCCUGGUCGUCACUGUGGCGCCCCUCCCAUUCCUCCACCUGGGGGAGGAGUUUAUCGACCCCAAGAGCCACAAGUUCGUCAUGAGGCUGCAGUCGGAGACCUCUGUGUAGAAAUGGAGAGAAGACAAAAUUAAAUUAAGAAAUUAAAGGAUAGAGGUGGGAGAAGAGAUGAUACGAGUGAGGAAAAGAGAAUAUGUUUCAAAUUUGCUCAAAGCCCAACUUUCAGCGUUGACCUCUGCGAGAGAGGGAGAGAAGACACAAAGGUGAAGAAAGAAAGAAGGAGAGAAUGAAGAGAGGUAGAGAGAAUAUGAGAUGGGGAAAGGAACAGAGAGAGUGACACAUUUUCAAUUUUACUCAGAGCCCAACUCUCUGGGUCCUCUCUUACUGUUUUUAACUGACCAAUCAGACAUUCCGCAAUCCAAUCAGACACUUCACCUAGACCUGAGUGUGUUGACACCAUGUAAGCUUGAUACUGUUACCAAGACUGUGCAGAGUCCUAGGGAGUUAUUACACUUACACAGACCUUAAUACAGCUCAUAGCUCUGUUUAUAACGAUGUAAUAACCACCUUAUGUGAUUUAAAGCCACCCCAAACCCUUUACGAUGAUGAUGAUGACUGUUCAACGCAACUCAAUUGCUGUGUUUUCUCAAAAUCCCCGGAUUUUGGUUAGAAAAACUCAUAGUAGACUUUCUUGGUUCUACAUUCCACAGCAUAUAUAUGCACCCUAUUCCCUAUAUAGUGCGCUACAUUUGUACCCUAUUUUCUAUGGGCCCUGGUCAAAAGUAAUGCACUAUAUAGGGAAUGGAGGGUUAUUUCAGACGCAUUCUAGAUGUAGCACUGUCUAGACAGCUAUCUCUUUUCACACAAAGCAGUGGAAAUGUAUGUGGCAUCUGCCACCAAGGGCUGGAGGAGAGACCUCUGGCCGUCCUGUUUAAUUAACUGUGUGUGUGUUACUUUGUUACAGUCAUUGGGACCAGUAUGUUUCUCAUUCCUUGGCAAUAACUGCACUAAAUUCACAACCAGCCUAUUGAAGUUGACAUUACUAUGUUACUCAGGGGCGCAACUUUCACUGGGGACGGGGGAACAUGCCCCCCCCCCACACACACACACACAUUCUGAAAUUGCAUUUUGUGCUCCCCAGUUUUAUCAUUGGAAUGUGAUACAAAACGAGGCAACGGUGUGCUUUAGAACCAUGCGGACACCUCCGAGUGGUUGGAUAGGCUGUUUGGAGUGUUUAUCAGACCAAAAAUUAACAUAAUAAUAAUAAUAAUUAGGCCCCCCCCACUUCUAAUACCUCAUUUGCGCCCCUGAUGUUACUAACCAAUAAGCUGAUGGGCUGUUAAGCAGUAUAGGCUCAACGAACAGAUACAUGUGAAUAGGAACACUUACAUGUAUGAAAAAUAACUAGAAAAGUCAAGUUUCAAGUAAAAACUGUAGUUGCAAAUCAGCUACUACAUCAACCAAUCAGGUGAUUGAAAUAUCACUGAAUAGACCAAUAAACGGACUGUUAUUUUCAUUGGACUAAAUCUGCUUACUGUGGGUUCUUCAAGAGACAGCUGACGAAUGUUUAGGUGAAACACUAACCAGCUUUUCAUUUCUUUUUAUUAAGAAAUACAAUGUUUUUGUGACGUUAAUGGAUAAUAUUAUGUUGGACUUUUUAUCUGUAUUCCUGUGUUGGUUUUAUAAUGAAGGAGGAGGAACAGAUACAAGAAAACAGAACCACUUGUCAUGAGACAUUAUUUUAGUUUUUUUGUGCCAAAUCCCACUCAAGUCCAGAUACAGGGGUGCGUCCCAAUAACAUCCAUUUUCUCCUGAAGUGUGCAAUUUUGUACUACUUCCCACAAGUCUAAAAGCAUUGGAUUGGUAUAGGCAUGGGCUAGAGGGAGUUUCCACCAUGUUUCAUAUACCAGUCAUCACAUCGGUGAAGGGACGUGAACAAGUCAAGUGACAUCUUUGAGGAAGGAGCGAUACUUGGGACACAGCCAUAGUGUACCACAUGACUACUGUUCUGAACAUGUGACUAAAACACAGAAGUACAAAAUAAUAAAAACACCGUUGUCACAGGAGGUUGGUGGCUCCUUAUUUGGGAGGACGGGCUCAUAGUAAUGACUGGAAUGGAAUAAUAUCGAACUCCUCAAACACAUGGUUUCCGUAUUUGAUACCUUUCCAUUCUCUCCAUUACAGCUGUUAUUAUGAGCCGUCCUCCCCUCAGCAGCCUCUUGUGUUGAGUGCGUGGUGUGACUAAGGUGUGACUAAGGUGUGACUAAUAUGGAAACAUUGUGCUUGAUGAUUUGUUUCGAUUCACAGGCUGAGGUGAAUAUCAGUAACAGUCCUAAUAGGUCCUGCACACACUGGUUCUUGUCCUUUUUGGCGGCUAACAGCUACAGUAGUCUGUUGUGUAUAAAUGGUUUGAUCCCUUUUCUUUACAUGUGUACGGUAUGUUUACUAGACCUUCAUUUCAUUAUGAACCCUGAUGCAUGUAGUUACAUGACGUUUUGUAAAGUUACAUUUUUUUGCUGCAUUUUCUUUUGUUUCAUUUCAUGUCGAAGUGAAGUCCCUAACCUUGUUUUUUAAGACCAAUGUGAUAUAAAGACAUUUGAAGUUGAAAAAAUGUUUUAAUAUUGGAUCAUUUUAGGACAAAAUUGUUACAGCCUUUUUAAUAAAUGAUCUCUUGAUAUGA